UUUUCGUUUGGUCUGUUGAACAUUGAUUUGUUAAAUAAGCGGGAAUAUUUCAGUGUUACAAAGUGCGUUGGAUUUCAAUCAGCUCUAACAAGGAUUUUCAUUUAUGCAGCAAAGCAGAUGAAUACCUGGCUGAGUCGUACUCAGCUCGGAAAUUCUUAGAUUUUGAAUAUGCCAAUGUCUCGUGCGUGUAAUAUGGAAAGUGUUUCGUGUUAUGCCAAGUAACUGUAAUGUGAAUACCGAUUAUGGCUCGAUCGUUUUCUUUACAUUCGAUUUUAAUACUCUUAAGAUAUCCAUGUAUUUUCAUUUUCACCAAUGAACGUUCCUUUUUUUAUUGCCUGCACGAGAGGUAUUUCUUUUCUUUUGGAAUCAAGGGUACUGUCGAGUGACUUAGGUAGUUUCAUGUUGUUUGGCUACAGUUCUUACCGCCACAACACGAAACUGUCUGAAUUACUCCCAGUUCAACGCCACGACUAUAGAAGUUAUUAAUGGAUACCUUGAGCUCACAAUCGUCUAAAAAAAUGACGAUUGAUCGACUGUAUACCGUGGUAUAUAUUACUUACCUACAAUUUAAAAGUUAGUGUGAUUCCACCUUCUCCCAUUUGCUUUUAAUAGCUUAGAUUCGUACCAUUAUUUUUUAAAUAUUCUGUGGAUAUUUGCAGCUGAUUCCGAUGCAGAUUUACAAAAUAGACUUUUAGUUCUGCCACCACGCAGUCGCACCACAUUUGUAAAUAAGCUGAGCAUGGUCCUUAAAAAGGAACGAGGGGGGUGGGUUUGGAAUUAGCUUGCUUUGGUUGUUGCGUGAUUUAAAGAAGAGGUUUGCAAGGCCUAGGUUACGAUCAUUGCAGUCUCGACGAAGCCGAGCGAACAGCGACCUCAGUGGCUCCCGCUUAGAGAUCCGGAUGCAUUUGCUGGCCACUAAGGUUAACAUAAAAGAAUGCUUUCCUGGCGAUAUUUAGAUCAGUCUGUUGUCUGUCGGAGGAUAAUGAAACACGACCAGCAUUAGGGCUGUAGCCGCCGCUUUUAUUUUGUGAUAGACAACGUUACGUGGUAUGUAUACGCGCCAUAUAUAUGCCACAGUUUUAACUAACUUUUUGCAUCACUUGCCCAUGUCUGUGCGCGCUGUCCUGCUUUUUAGAUGGUCCUUUUGGUAGAAAAAAUCCCCGUAGCAGUAAACAGGAAAUAAUCGUGGUCUUAUAAAAUGUGCAGACUAUAAACAGUGACGGAAUGGACGAUAAAAUGAUGCUUAGGCGGAUCGUACUUUUUCAAAGUGGGUUUGGUUACUAAUGGCUAAAACCAAAUUCUUAAAUGUAUCGCAUUUUUUAAAAAUUGAAUUUAAAAUGGAAUUCGGUAUUCAGUAUAAAUUUAUAUGCAACCGUACUUAUUAUGCCUGUACGUUGCCAUAGCCAUUUGUAGAAUAAUUAUAUAAAAAGGCCUAUAUGUUUUUUUUUAAACUACAAAUUAUAACUUCAUUAAACUGAAGAUACACGUAGUGACAAAAGUGAAGAAAAUCGGAAAAGUUAUUGUAUAUUACAGUAUUUUUAAAAUAAUACAGGACAAGAUAAAUACUGUUCAUUCCUACGUCCAUAACGCAUUUAUUAUACAAUUUAUAGAGGCAUACACGCAUAAAAUAUUCCUUAUAUUAAUAAAUAUUUAUUAGGACCUUGUCCACAGACCCAGUAGUGCAUCUAGGCCUAUUAUUAAUAGUAAUAAUAAUUGUAAUUUUGGAUUUGGUAAAUCAAGUGAUGUUUUUAUAGGAAAAUGUGAAUAGGCCCAGUUUUUACAGAACUACAGUAAUGAAUCACUUUUUGUUAGAGUAAAUUUAACAUGCUAGGCUUAAAAGAGGCAUUUUGAUUAAGUAGCCUAUAAGUAUCGGGUGGAUGCCAUUUUUUUGUAUGAGAAAGAUGGCAAUCCUUGUACGCAGGUUUCUCCCGACUAUUUCCAACGCACUUAUCAAUCCAGCAAAGGUGCAUCUGAUUCGGCAUUAUUAACACGCAUGCAUUUAUUUUCUCAGAUGUUUUGUUUCCAUAAAAUUAUACGAUUUUGCAAAAAUGACAGCAAAACAAAGAACAUCUCGAAAUGAGGGAACAGAUUUAUUCUUAUUGUUGUGCCUUGGGGUCACGUGCUGCCUCUGCCCAAUCACAAAGCAGAUAACGUUCAACUCCUGGCUAACCGCAGGUCCCACUGAGGCCAAGUAGAUCCUGAUUAUUUUGUGUUGAUAGUACAGUGCAUUUUUCUGUGUUUUUGUGCGUGUCCAUGUUUCUGCUAUGUCAGCGUCAGGGGCAUUAGGUUACUUUGGAGACAAUCACACGGUUCCAGAGUCAGAGGACCUUUUGGUGCCCAGAUACCAUUCGAGUUCAGGGCUCCAGCAUGCGAGGCAGCCCGUCCUGAAUGACCACAGCGACCUCGAUCCGUGCCAGUACCCAGCGAAAACAUCUUCAUUCGGCGCAUCCUGGGCCCCAGUGCCUGACCAGCAUCCAAGCAGCGUUUCCUCUAUAUACCAGCCGUACGCCGUUCCACAGGGCCAGACAGUCGGCUCUGAAGGAAUAUACAUGAGAUCAUGGUUGUUGGAACCGACUACUGGAUCGCUGCCUUUUACUGGACUACAGACGAAUGGGCAUUAUCACGUCAAAGCUGAGCCUUUGCCCGAAGGAAGAGACUGCACUACGUUUGAAUCGAAUACGCUGGCUCUGUCUGAUUUUUCAACGGGAUUUUCCCGAGUCGUGACAGAAAAAAUCCCCAGCGACAGCAAUUCCUCCGAGCCAACUGAAGAGAGCGGUUCCACCGAGGAGAAGGUAGACAUCGACUCCAAUAAUCCUGCGUCCAACUGGCUUCACGCAAGGUCCACAAGAAAAAAGCGCUGUCCGUACUCUAAACACCAGACUUUGGAGCUGGAGAAAGAGUUUUUGUUUAACAUGUAUCUUACUCGAGACCGCAGAUACGAAGUUGCAAGAUGCCUAAAUCUCACUGAAAGACAAGUUAAGAUAUGGUUUCAAAACCGUAGGAUGAAGAUGAAGAAAAUCAAUAAAUGCCAACCAAAAGACGAUUGAUGCUACAAAAUGGUGAAGAGCAUACAAUGGAAAAUGAAGAACUGGCUAUUAAAUGGUAUUUGCUUCAUAAGCAAAAUUUACAGAUCUCUUUCCCAGCUAAUAGGUUUCAUGCGGUAAAUUAUUGAACUCGUCAAAUUCUUCUGUAUUUGAUUUGUCUUAUCUGUUUGUAUUAUAUCGUUUGAUAUUGACCGUACCUUUGUGUUAGACUGUAAACUGUAAGCUUCGUUUUCAGGAAUUCUGAAAAAGUCUGAUACUAAUUUUAUUCUGUUAGUGAUGUUGGUUGUUUUGUGUGACGAAUGCAUUAUUUGUGUAUUUACUAUAUUUAAAUUUUUAAUUUCCAUUUGCAAAUGAAACGGGUGCAUGUGCUUCACUUGCGUCGAUACAAAUGCUUGCGUAUUAAACGGAGACCCUUCCGAAGUAGAUGCAACGGUUAUAUAGCCUCUUAUAUGUCGUUCAGCGGGCUAAAACUCAGUACGAUAUAUAUCAGCAAUAUAAUCAGUUGCGCAUAUUAUUUUUAGGCUUAGACUAUAUAAAAUUUUAAAGUAGGGCAUAUAUGUCUUGCGAAAUAUAUUUUUGUGAUUUGUGAUAGGGUAUUUGGUAUGUAUAUUUUUUUUUCAACGUGAAAUUGCCACGGUCAUUAUUAUCAUUAUUAUUCAGUAUUAGUAAUACUGGUAAUAUAAUCUUAAGUAAUAGUAUGCCUAAUGAUAGCACUGUCAAUAACAAUAGCGGCUGUAGUAUGCAUUUUAUUAUUGUUAUUAUUAUAUCUGAAUACCUGAAGGUAGUUAUUUAUUAUUGUGAAACCUGUGAAACUGAAAUGUUUAUUUAUUUUAAGAAUAAUUAUUAAAUAAUGAACCAAAACGCAGCUGUGUCCUUCAAAUGUAAUGCCAGAUUAUCCUGCAAUUAUACAAAAUAUUAUUAAAAUAGUCUCCAUUUUUUUCAGCAUAUUUUCAGCAUAACAUAAUAAUCAAAACGUAUACGACAGUAAUUAUAUUAAUGUAGUAAUAUAUUAUUCUACUGGAAUAAGUGUGUUAUCUCCUAUUCCGCUUGUGGGUUAAAGCGAACGAACUGCACAUUCAUUGCUGCACUUUUCAGAGAUAUUUCAAUGAUCAGGGAAUACUUAUGGAAUACUAAAGGAACCAAUAAACAAAUUAGUAACAAAUUAAUAAAAUAAAAGCAACUGCCAA